AGAUUGGGGGAAGGCAGAAGAUAUUAAAAGAAGAGACACAUGCUGGUGAGCCGACAGUCUCACCACUUGGAGCUUGGGUGUGUGACACUGUUAACAUGAAGGCUCUGAUUUUUCUGGAGCUUUUUCUCCUGCCCCUGGCUGCUCAUGGGAAGAUCUAUGAAAGGUGCAAGCUGGCUGCAGUCAUGAAAAGGCUUGGGCUGGCUAACGUUCCAGGAUACAGUUUGGGAGACUGGGUGUGUACAGCACAAUACGAGAGCAACUUUAACACAGAUGCAGUAAACUAUAACCCUGGUGACAGAAGCACGGAUUAUGGGAUUUUGCAAAUCAACAGCCGCUGGUGGUGCAAUGAUGGCAAGACUCCAAGAGCCAAGAAUGCAUGCAGAAUCCAGUGCACAGGUGACACUAUGAAGGGCAUAUUCCUCUCUUCUAUACUGGGGUGGGCUCCCAGGGUUGCAAAUGUAUAUCUGAGGGACAGUUGUGGGGAAUUAGCAGCCCUACCUUAAAGACAAAAGUAAAAG